AUGCCCUCCCAUCGCGGCGCCAAUGGCACCAGCGAGACCACGCCCUUGCUAGCGUCCGCGCUCGUGGCGCCGGAGCAGGAUCCUGAGGUCGCCGAGACGCUGGUCGGGCGUGAAGACGGCCCCGGUGGUGACGGCUCUGCCGCUGCCGCUGCCGCCGCCGCCGCGGCGUCCGGGGCUGCGGACAAGCCCCUGCCCAAGAUGCAGAUCGUGCUGCUGUGCUACGCGCGGCUGGUGGAGCCGAUUGCCUUCUUCUCCAUCUUCCCGUACAUCCAACAGAUGCUGCAGCGCAACGCGGAUCUGCCGUCGGCGGAUGUGGGGUUCUACACGGGGCUGAUCGAGUCGCUGUUCAGCCUGACCCAGAUGCUGGUCAUGAUUUUUUGGGGGCGGGCAGCUGAUAGGUUGGGCCGGAAACCCGUCCUGGUCUUCAGCCUGUUCGGCGUCACCAUCUGCACGGGCAUCUUCGGCCUGGCCCGGAACCUGUGGCAGAUGAUCGUUUUCCGGUGCCUGGCCGGAGUCUUCGCCGGCACCAUCGUGACGAUCCGCACCCUGAUCUCAGAGCACUCGUCCGCCAAGACCCAGGCCCGCGCCUUCUCGUGGUUCGGCUUCUCCGGCAACCUGGGCCUCCUCUUCGGCACGCUCAUCGGCGGCGCCCUAGCGGACCCGGCCAAGCUGUACCCCAGAGUCUUCGGCGGCAGCGCCUUCUUCAGGGAGUAUCCCUACGCUCUGCCCAAUUUCGUCGUGGGCGGCAUCGCCCUGACCGCCGUACUGACGAGCGCGCUAUUCAUCGAGGAGACGCUGCCCCGGAGGCCCAGGGGCGGCGGCGACGAUCGGCAGGCCGAGAACGGGCAUGUACCCGACGCAAACGGGUCCAAGCCGGCGCGCGGCGGGACGUGGGAGCUGCUGCGGGCGCCGGGGGUGGCCAUGGCGCUGUACGUGUACGGGCACGUGAUGACUCUGGCGUUCGCGUACACGGCCGUGGUGCCCGUGUUCUGGUUCACGCCGGUGGCGCUGGGCGGGUUCGGGUUCGAGCCGUACCAGAUCUCGGCCUUCAUGGCGCUGACGGGCUUCAGCCAGGCCUUCUGGCUGCUGGUCAUCUUCCCGCCGCUGCAGCACCGCCUCGGCACCAACGGCGUCAUGCGCGCCUGCGGCCUCGCCUACCCCUUCGCCAUGGGCUUCAACCCCGUGCUCAACGCCAUCCUCCGGUCCGGCCUGUCGGACACGGUGUUUUGGGUGGUGGGCCCCAUUUUCCUGCUCAUCGCCCCGGGUGUCAGUAUGGCCUUCACCGCCGCCCAGCUCUGUAUCAACGAUGUGUCGCCGUCUCCGGAGACGCUGGGCACACUAAAUGCCCUCGCUCUGACUUUGGCAAGUGCGCUGCGCAGCUUCUCGCCCGCUUUGUUUACGAGCAUCUUUGCCAUUGGCGCGGGCACUCAGCUCCUCUGGGGCUACCUUGCCUGGCUGGUCAUUGUGCUGCUGGCCGUUGGGUUCACCGUCGCGGUACGUUACCUGCCUGCGGCGAGUGAGAAGGACUACCCCGAAGAUGGUACACGGGAGGCUGUGCGACAAGCAGAAGCGGCAGCCGCGGCGGCCUACCCGGAGGCGAACGGCGGCAAUGAUGCCAAUGACCGAGGCCAGUCGGCUGGGAGCAAUUGA